CACAACUACCCCUAUGACAACCACGCCAAUGACAACUACUACAACAACAACGCCAUCUACCACGACCAUGCCAACGACGACAACAACCACGCCAACGACGACCAGGCCGACGACGACAACCACGCCAACGACGACCACGACCAUGCCAACGACGACAACAACCACACCAACGACGACCACGACCAUGCCAACGACGACAACAACCACGCCAACGACGACCACUACCAUGCCAACGACCACCACAGCCAGACAACCGACUACGCCAACGACGACAGUACUGACCACAUCCACCCAAUCUAGUACGACUACAAUACCGACCAUCACCACAAAAGUGGCGAUCCAAACAACAACUUCUACAAUAUCGACGGAUAUGCCAACCAUGACCACACAAACAAAGACAACAUCACAAAUGAGAUCAACAAAUAGGAUGACACUGUCAACAAUGAUUACGUCGCAAAAUGGUCAUUCUGUAAAACCGGGUCAAACGUCCAAUGUACACAAGAAGAUCUCACCAACAGGGCAUAACUGCUUUAAAUCAGAACCAGUGGUUUUGUUUACAACAUUCUGUUCUAUUUUACUAUUUUCAUUGGCAGCAGCUGGUGGAAUAUUGGGAUAUAUGGUGAUCAAAAUGAAAAAUCAACUCAAAGUUAUGGAAUCGUCAACCGACAGUUUUGACAUUAAUUCAGAAAAGUGAAAUCAGUUCAGAUUUAGUUUCGAUUAUUAAUGUAAAAAGAAUAUUCUGAUUGAAAAAAUUGUAUUUUGGACAUUGAAAAUCAAUUGUUCUAAUUUAUUUGAUGUAAAACGAAUCACUAAAAGGCAAUCGAAUUCUUGACUGAAAGAACAAUGUCUUUCUUAGUAUAUAAUAUAUUUGGAUCGUUGUUGAUUGUAAGUACUGUUAUUUAUAAGCUAAACUGUGUUGAUUUCGUGAAUAAACGUUAACCAAGAGUUAAAAUGUGUAACAAAAUAUAAUUAAAAAAAAAACUUUUUAUUUUUUUAAAACACAAAAUCAAAUCUCCACGAAAACACAAUAUUCUCUCACCGAAAAGAGAGCACUGAAACACACAAAAAUGCUGACGUAUACGAAAAGCAAGCAUGUAAAGCAAAAUCGUUGAGCAAAGCAUUUUUUCCCCCCAAAUCGAAAAUGAAAUACGGGAUCUCCUUAAGGGCAAACAUGUCAUGAUUUGCUGACGGUAAAAACCGAUAACCAGUAAAUUUCGGUUAAAGGUUAAAAUCGGUUAGCUCUUUGGGAAAUACGCCUGUUGUCAGUGAUACAUUCCAUAUAUAAUGAUUGACUAAUUAUUAUGACUAUGGCGCCCGUUACGCUAAAUAACAUACGAAUAGAACAAUAUGUAAAAAUAAUAAACAUUCAAUCAUUGGAAGUCUUUAAAAUUGCAAUAUGUGUGGAGACUGUAUAUUUUUCUUCGUUUCAAUUUUAUUGACUUAAUAUUUUCCCUAUUAAAAUAUCAAGAGACAAUGUUUUCCCUAAACAAUCAGAUUUUUUAAAACAACUGUAUCUCGAAUAUAAACUGAUGUACUUAUCAUUCUUUUGUUAUACCAACAACGGAAAAUUGGUGUAUUGAGUAAAAUUACAUUCAAUUUUGUUAAUUGGAAUAUAGGAAAGCAUCAUACAAAGAAAUCAUUUUGAACAAACUGAUUGUU